AUACGUACAUCUCCACCAUCAAACCGCAGCCAUGUCUGAAAGAAAGGUCCUCUCGAAGUACUACCCACCGGACUUCGACCCGGCCAAACUCGAGCGGAAGCGAGGCCCUAAGCAGGUCGGACCAAAAGUGCAGACAGUCCGCCUGAUGGCACCUUUCAGCAUGCGAUGCACAUCCUGCGGCGAAUAUGUAUACAAAGGACGCAAGUUCAAUGCGCGCAAGGAGACGACCGACGAGAAAUACUACGCCAUCACGAUUUUCCGCUUCUACAUUCGGUGUACGAGAUGUUCGGCCGAGAUCACCUUUAAGACGGACCCGAAGAACAUGGACUAUACGUGUGAGAAAGGUGCGAAGCGAAAUUUUGAGCCAUGGCGAGAAGCGAAAUUGGCGGAGGAGACGGAGGAGGAGCGACUGGACAGGAUCGCAAAGGAGGAAGAGGAGCGAGAUGCGAUGAAGGAUCUGGAAAAGAAAACGCUGGAUGCGAAGACGGAGAUGGCCAUUGCGGAUGCGCUGGACGAUGUGAGACACAGAAACGCCGCCCGAGAAAGGAUAGGCAAGGAUGGUGAAAUCAGCACAGUACCCGUGGCGGACAAGCGGGAUGAGGAAGCUGAACAGAUCGAGAGGGAGAUUGAGGAACAGGCUCGACUGGCAUUUCAAAGUGCUACUGGAGACAAGGUGCGAAGACUGGGAGAACAAUUAGGAGACGAUUUGCUGCUGGACGAGCCAAUCAUCGAGACAACUUUCAAGCGCCAGCCCAAGAAGAAGAAGGAUUUCACCUCCGCGCUCGGAAUCAAGAAGAAGCCGUCCCUAGUGUGA